AUGGCCUAUUCUCUUCAUAUCUACCUAUCUAUUUAUCUAUCUACCCUAUUCUCUUCUAUUCUCUCUAAUUAUAUAUCUAUUUAUCUUAUUCUCUUCAUAUCUAUCUAUCUAUCUAUCUAUCUAUCUAUCUAUCUAUCUAUCUUAUUCUCUUCAUAUCUAUCUAUCUAUCUAUCUAUCUAUCUUAUUCUCUUUAUAUCUAUCUAUCUAUUUAUCUAUCUCUCUAUCUAUCCUAUUCUCUUCGUACCUAACCUAUUCUCUUCAUAUCUACCUAUCUAUCUAUUUAUCUAUCUAUCCUAUUCUCUUCUAUUCUCUCUAACUAUAUAUCUAUCUAUCUAUCUCAUUCUCUUCAUAUCUAUCUAUCUAUUUUCUUCAUAUCUAUCUAUCUAUAUUAUUCUCUUCAUAUCUAUCUAUCCUAUUCUCUUCAUAUCUAUCUAUCUAUCUAUUUAUCUAUCUAUCCUAUUCUCUUCUAUUCUCUCUAAUUAUAUAUCUAUUUAUCCUAUUCUCUUCAUAUCUAUCUAUCUAUCUAUCUAUCUAUCUAUCUAUCUAUCUAUCUAUCUAUCUAUCUAUCUUACUCUCUUCAUAUCUAUCUAUCUAUCUAUCUAUCUAUCUAUCUAUCUUAUUCUCUUUAUAUAUAUCUAUCAAUCUAUCUAUCUAUCUAUUUUCUUCAUAUCUAUCUAUAUUAUUCUCUUCAUAUCUUUCUAUCUAUCUAUCUAUCUCUCUAUCUAUCCUAUUCUCUUCAUAUCUAUCUAUCUAUCUAUUUAUCUAUCUAUCCUAUUCUCUUCUAUAUAUCUAUUUAUCUUAUUCUCUUCAUAUUUAAUUAUCUAUCAAUCUAUCUAUCUAUCUAUCUAUCUAUCUAUCUAUCUAUCUAUCUAUCUAUCUUAUUCUCUUCAUAUCUAUCUAUCUAUCUAUUUUCUUCAUAUCUAUCUAUAUUAUUAUCUUUAUAUCUAUCUAACUAUCUAUCUCUCUAUCUAUCCUAUGCUCUUCAUAUCUAACUAUCUCUCUAUCUAUCUCACUAUCUAUCUCUCUAUCUAUCCUAUUCUCUUCAUAUCUAUUUAUCUAUCUAUCUAUCUAUCUAUCUAUCUUAUUCUUUUCAUAUCUAUCUACCUGUUUUCUUCAUAUCUAUCUAUCUAUCUAUCUUAUUCUCUUCAUAUCUAUCUAUCUCUUUAUCUAUCUAUCUAUCUAUCUUAUUCUCUUUAUAUCUAUCUAUCAAUCUAUCUAUCUAUCCUAUUCUCUUCGUACCUACCCUAUUCUCUUCAUAUCUAUCUAUCUAUUUAUCUAUCUAUCCUAUUCUCUCUAACUAUAUAUCUAUCUAUCUUAUUCUCUUCAUAUCUAUCUAUCUAUCUGUCUAUUUUCUUCAUAUCUAUCUAUCUAUAUUAUUCUCUUCAUAUCUAUCUAUCUCUCUAUCUAUCCUAUCCUCUUCAUAUCUCACUAUCUAUCUAUCUAUCUAUCUAUCUAUCUAUCUAUCUAUCUAUCUAUCUAUCUAUCUAUCCUAUUCUCUUCAUACCUAGCCUAUUCUCUUCAUAUCCAUCUAUCUAUCUAUCUAUCUAUCUAUCUAUCUAUCUAUCUAUCUAUCUAUCUAUCUCUAUCUAUCUAUCUAUCUAUCUAUCCCAUUCUCUUCUAUUCUCUCUAACUAUAUAUCUAUUUAUCUUAUUCUCUUCAUAUCUAAUUAUCUAUCUAUCUAUCUAUCUAUCUAUCUAUCUAUCUAUCUAUCUAUCUAUCUAUCUAUCUAUAUUAUUAUCUUCAUAUCUAGCUCACUAUCUCUCUAUCUAUCCUAUUCUCUCCAUACCUAGCCUAUUCUCUUCAUAUCUAUCUAUCUAUCUAUCUAUCUAUCUAUCUAUCUAUCUAUCUAUCUAUCUAUCUAUCUAUCUAUCCUAUUCUCUUCUAUUCUCUCUAACUCUCCUAUUCACUUCAUAUCUACCUAUCUAUCUAUUUAUCUAUCCUAUUCUAUCUCUCUAUCUAUCUAUCCUAUUCUCUUCAUACCUAGCCUAUUCUCUUCAUAUCUAUCUAUCUAUCUAUCUAUCUAUCUAUCUAUCUAUCUAUCUAUCUAUCUAUCUUAUGCUCUUCAUAUCUAACUAUCUAUCUAUCUAUCUAUCUAUCUAUCUAUCUAUCUAUCUAUCUAUCUAUCUAUCUUAUUCUCUUCAUACCUAG